GAGGGCGGAAGCGUGCCCCGCGCGCCUGCGCAGGAGGAUUCCGCCAGGCCCGCCGGACACCAACAUGGCGCCCUAGGUCCGCCGCGCCAGCGCCACCGCGGGCGAGCGAGGCGGCCUCCGCCGCCAUCAUCAUGUCCCGGCACAGGAACGUCCGAGGCUAUAACUACGACGAAGAUUUUGAAGAUGAUGAUGUGUAUGGCCAAUCAGUAGAAGAUGAUUAUUGCAUUUCUCCUUCAACAGCAGCUCAAUUUAUCUACUCCAGACGAGACAAACCAGCAACAUUUGCUGAGCCAUUAGAAGAAGAAUAUGGCUAUGAAGGUACAGAUGAUACUGCUGAUUAUAUUACAUCCAGUCAUCAGUUGACUGAAGUCGAUAGAGCCCGUCUUAAUUCAUGCCUUGAUCAAAUGAGAGAAGUUUUGGCAGAGUCUGUACCAGAGCAAACAAUGGUGCAAGCAGUACUGGAUAGUAAAUUUGAUGUACAGAAGGCUUUGGAUCUUGUGCUUUCACAAGGCAGUAAGCAAAAUGUGAAGACCAAGAAUGAGGACACUGUGAUUGUAGGAAAGACGACAAAAGGAGACUUACUUUGUUGUCCAGAAAUGUGUAUUGAUACAGACAGUUCCUCUUGUGCAGUAGAAAAUGUUGCUGACAGCACCAACAAACCUGGGUUUGGAAACUUGGCAGCCAAAAGUGGUUCAGCUUGUUACUCUCUAAUUACAAAUGACAAAAUGCUCCUUAAUGCUGAAAAAUCUGAUAUACCUACAUCUGAAAGGAAAGGAUUGAAAUCCUCUUCACUUGUGUCAUCUUCUUUCAGUGGUGAUUUAUGUAAAGGAUUGUUUUGUGAACCUGUGAAUAAACAGGCAGAGAAUCAACUAUCAGAAAGUGCUAAUACAGUAAGUUCGAUUCCUGACAGUGAAGAUGUUUACUUUAGCAUAGGAAGUAACCCAUCUGGAAAUUCUUCCUUUAAGAAGUUGGAAUGCAAGGAAACACAGGACUUGAAAUCCUUGCUGAUGCAGAAUGUGGUUUGUGAUUCUCUGAGUCCUGAAGACAGCAUUCCUCUUGUUUCCUCAAAUACUCCUGAUUGUAAUAGUAAUGCAAAUUUUUACAGUCCUCCGUGUUUAACUAGUGCUUUAGGAAAACUGGCUCUUGAUAAUGAAGUCAGUCAUACUAUAAAUAGAAAGAAUGAACGUCUUGAAAAUUAUUCUUCGCUUGUGCAAAGUACAAAACGAGAAAGCCCCUCUUCAGGCCUGGCUGCUUUGCCAGUGUUAAGGUCUGGAAGUACAUCAUUGGCCGACUUACUUCAGGAGCACCAAGAAAGCAGUGUUAGCCACUGUUAUUCUUUGGCUGAUCUUUAUACCCAGUCAACAGCAAGUCUCACCGAUAGGAAAUUGGGAACCUCAUCCUUAUCAGAACUACUAAGUCAACCCCAAACUUCAGGUGGGAUGCCAGAGCUAACAGGAUCUUUGUCUUCUCUAGCCCUCUCUAAAGUUUCUCCGCUAAAGGAAGUUGAGAAUUUAUCACUUUCGGAUUUAAUAGCAGAGACUAUUGAAGUAGAUAAAACUCAACGAAGGACAGACUUCCCCAUGCUCAAUGUAACUGAGCUGAGGCCCUCUAAAAGAACCUACAUUGAUUUAAGCGUCCUUGUAAAAAAUGCAGGUGUAUCUUCAGAACAAAACGUGGUAGGACAGUCAAAUAUCUUAAGUUCUGAAACUAAACUUUUAAAAGAAAAACAAGGCAAAUGUUCUGGUUUUGCCAAAACAAAUAAAAAACCCAAAAGAGGGCUUACUCCUAAGAGGCAGGAUUUGUCCCUUUCAUGGAUGAAGGCGCUGCGUGCAAGACCUUCAGCUUUUGCUUUAACUUUGUGUCUCCGUUAUCCUCCAAAAGGUUAUAAGCGGCGCACAAUUGGUAUGCAUAAAGCUUUCCUAUACAGUAGACAAGUACAAGACAUAAAACCCAAGGAAACUGGUCCUAUAAUAGCCAUAACACCAUUUGAUUUCAAAUCAGCAUCUCCUGAUGAUAUUGUGAAAGCUAACCAAAAAAGAGCUUUUACAAGAGAGUAGUGGGAGUAAAAAAAAAAAAAAAGAUCAGUGUUUAUAUCUUGGUAUAUUAAAACCCUCGUAAUUAUAUAGGACCUAUUUAUAAUCCAGAAUUGAGGGUUUUUUAUUUUUUUAAUUGACAUAUUGCAGUUCUCACUGUUUGGUAACAAAUUUGUAUGUGAACUUUUGAGCUGUUGCACUGAAUAUCUUUAUUUUUGCCUAAUUUUCACUGACAAUUUAACAUUUUUAACUUUUUCAAAAUCUUGAACUUUAGUGUAUAUAGCAUGUACAAAAUUCUAUAAACACCAUUAGACUUAUUAAAACAUCUCUAGGUGUUGAAGAUACAGUUCAUUGGGAAGAACACUGAAUUAUCGUUUUGUAAAUUAAUUUAGUUUUGCUAUGUGGUGCGUAGUUUGGGGAGUGGGAACCUCAGUUUAUAUUACGACUGUUUUAUUAAAUGUUCUUAAAAUUAGAUUUUCUGAUAAUGUAUGUUAUUAAACUGCCAGUCUUGUAAUUGGUAUUUCUAGUCAAUGUCGCUAUUUUCCUCUGUCUUUAUACUGAGUACAAUAUUAUAACAGAAAUACCUUUAGUUUUUAAAAGCCUCACUGACCUCAGGUUUUGACAGUUGUAGUUGUGGUAGAACAUGUAUAGUUUUUGAUAGGACCAAAUUUGUACGGGAGCAAGCAAUUAAAAUUGUGUGCUCCCUCCCCCCAUUCACUCUCUAAUCAACUGUCAAAAUGUAACAUUCAGAAUUUUUAAACAGCUGUUUUGUAGGUAUAUACAUGUUGCAUGUAUUUCACAAGAAAUUUCACUAGGAUUCUAUGGUUUAUUCUUAAGUCUUUCAGGAAAGAAUUGGAAUAACAAUUGUUUCAACUUUAGCAUGAGAGUCUUUGCUCAAUGGAAAAAAAAAUCAGGCAAAGCCUUAGUGCUGUUUUUGUCUGCCUCUUGUCUGUUUUGAAGAAAGCUUCCUUUAGUAAUGGAAAUAUAUUCUUUUGUACUGUUUGCACCCGUUGCUGUUACUUUGUAUCUUUAUAUGGAAGAUCAGAAUCAGGACAUUCUGGACUUAUUUUUUUAGCUGAUAAUUACCAGAUUCUGGUGCCUCAUUAGUCAAAUUAGUAACUGCAUGUAUGUUUCAACUUUCCUUUUCAUUCACAUUAUUACUUUUAAUAUAUUUUCCAGUGUCAAUGUCAGUAUUUUAGAUCCUGGACAGCAAUAAGUGCAAUAAAAGUACUGCUGCAACUAGAAAAAUACGUUUGUUCAUAUACUGCCAUACACUUAUUCAUUGUAAACUUGGCAGCUGCUAUACAAUAGUAAUUUUCAUCUAGUUUUAAUCUAAUUUUUGUUGAGCAUGUUGCAUCAAAAAGAAGACAAAAACUUUAUUCCUGACUUCAGGUUGCACUACAGUUUUGUUUCUAAAUAAAAAUAAAACAUGUUCCAGUGCUCUCAGGUACAAAUUUCAUGUUCUGUAUAUUUUGCUUGUUGGUCUAGUUGAUGCUAUUGUCAUUUAGGACUAUGAGCAGUGUGACCUCUAUCCUCUUGAAUAAAAUCAAUGUUUCUUACCCUUACUAAUAAAAGUUUUAUGUAAUGACA